ACGGACAUGGCCACCAUGUUUGGCAGCAAUCGAGGAAGACAGAGUUCUACUGAUUCGAGAAGCUUCUACGUACGGCCACAAGCCAGCAACCCGCCGAGGCAUCUCUGCAAGCGAAGCAGGUCCGAUCGAGAGCAUGCUGGUUGUCGCGUCGCCGUCGGCGUCGGGCGAGCUCGGCUCGCUGUUCGCGGCGUUCGACAAGGACGCCGACGGCAGGAUCUCCGCGGCGGAGCUGCGGCUCUGCAUGCGGGCGGCGCUGGGCGAGGACGUGGCGCCCGAGGACGCCGAGGCGCUGGUGGCCUCGGCGGACGCGGACGGCGACGGGCUGCUGGACGAGGGCGAGUUCGCGCGGCUGGUGCGCGCGGAGGCGGCGGGCGGCGGCGAGGAGGAGGAGUGGCGGCGGCGCGGGGGGCUCGAGGCGGCGUUCGGCAUGUACGCGGCGGAGGGCGAGGGGCGCAUCACGCCGGCCAGCCUGGGGCGGAUGCUCAGCAGGCUCGGCGCGCGCCGGGAGGUUGACGACUGCCGCGCCAUGAUCCGCAGGUUCGACCUCGACGGCGACGGGGUGCUCAGCUUCCACGAGUUCGAGAUCAUGAUGAUGAACGCCUGAACAAGAUGCGUCCUGCUGCAGGACAGAUUGUGAUUGUGGUUUCUCUUUCUGGCUUUGUACAGUUUUUUUUACUUUUACAAUGGGCUCUCUGUACAGUCCGUAGCUGCUGUGGACAUACACUCGGACGGAGGGAAUCCAUAGUUCAUUCAUCUUUUUUAUUUUUGAUAAGAAUAUGGUUCAUUCAAUUGUUCAUUUGUUA